UUGGACUGUGCCCUUUGUUUGUGUAGGUGUGUGAGCUCCUUGUUGGUGUAAAGGAUUACGCGAUACUGUGCGUGUAUGUGUGGAAGCAAUUUAUCAAAAUGCAUUGUCGAUACUAACAAAAUUUAGACAACAGCAGUGAAUAUUACAAGUUCUAAGCUGCACAAAAAGAUGUACAGCUGAGCAGAAGAACUGAUAACCAAAACUAUCCAGAGAGAUAAACUUAAAAACCGACAACGACAGAGGCAAGUCUAAACCAGAGAAAUCCGGAUAAACACACGAUGUCGUUCAAGUUAUUGAGACGCGGAUCGGCGCGAUGCAUUGGCCUGUUAUCGGCAUUUGUGACGAUCUUGCUCUGCCUGUAUUAUAUAUCAAUUGGCCAACCAAAUCCGACUCACAUUCCGGAUGCAAAUACAAUUGGAUUGCCUGUGAGCAUGGCACGUAAGCAGGUGCCAUCUGCGGCGGCAUUAAGUGGCUUUAGUGUGGGCGGAGGCAGUGCCUCUCAACAUCAUCAGCAACAUCAUCAGCAGCAGCACCAGAAUCACCAUGCAACCUUGCAAGAAUCAGCAGCUGCGGAGCAUGAUAAUCUUCAGACUGAUGGUGAACUGGAGUCGCAGCGGAAUGUCAACUGGGGUGACAAGUGCUACAUGCUACUACAGAGUCAAACCAACAUAACGGCAGCGGAGGAGCACAGCAGAUUUGAUUUCCAGCCCGAAUGGAUGCGCUCCAAGGAGUACUGGGAUCGCGGCUUUGAGGAGCGCUAUGAGGCGCAGAAGAAGGACAAACAACGUCCACCAUUGAAGGUCAUUGUGGUGCCACAUUCUCAUAAUGAUCCCGGCUGGCUGAAGACGUUCUUUGACUAUUUCCAAAUGGAUUCACGACAGAUUCUCAAUUUGCUGGUCACCAAAAUGCAACAGUAUAAGGACAUGACAUUCAUCUGGUCAGAGAUUAGUUUUCUACAGCUGUGGUGGGAUCAGGCACAUCCCACCAAGCAGCGGGCGCUAAAGCAUCUGGUUAACACUGGCCGCAUUGAGAUCACCACCGGAGGUUGGGUAAUGACAGAUGAAGCAAACGUACACAUUUAUCCCAUGCUGGAUCAACUUAUCGAAGGUCACCAAUGGCUGAAAAACAAUUUAAAUGUCACGCCCAAGGUGGGAUGGUCCAUAGAUCCUUUUGGACAUGGCAGUACGGUGCCUUACCUGCUAUCGGGAGCCCAAUUUGAGGGAACCAUCAUACAGCGCAUCCACUACGCAUGGAAAGAAUGGUUCGCUCGACAGCAGAGCGGUGAUUUCAUAUGGACACCAUAUUGGCGGUCAGCCAAGGGUCAGGGCAAAUUGCUAACCCACAACAUGCCCUUCGACAUCUAUUCGAUCAAGGGCUCCUGCGGUCCCCAUCCCUCCAUAUGCCUUAAUUUUGAUUUUCGCAAAAUACCCGGCGAGUACACGGAAUACUCGCUGAAAGCGCAAUACAUCACGGACGACAAUGUGGAGGAGAAGGCGCAGUUACUGCUGGAGCAAUAUGCUCGUACCGCCUCCUUGUUUCCACACAAUGUGGCGCUGAUACCCGUCGGCGAUGAUUUCCGCUACAACAAGGAGCGUGAGGUUGAUCAGCAGUAUCACAACUACAAGAAGCUCAUCAGUCACAUUAUGGCGAACAAGCGACUGUACAAUGUGGACAUUAAAUUUGGCACGCCCAGUGAUUACUUCAAGGCGAUACGACAGCGCAUGGGCGCCAAGGCGUUCCCCAGCUUCAAGGGUGACUUCUUUGUCUACUCGGACAUCUUCUCGGAGGGCAGACCCGCCUACUGGUCGGGCUAUUUCACCACCCGUCCCUUUUACAAGCUACUCAGCUCCGAUUUGGAGCAUAAUUUGCGUGCCGCCGAAAUAAUCUUCACGAUUGCAUACAAUACGGCACGUCAGGCAAAGCACGAGGAUUCGAUAAAAAUAUAUGAGAAGAACUAUGAGCAGAUCAUACAUGCCAGACGCAAUCUGGGACUGUUUCAGCAUCACGAUGCCAUCACGGGCACUUCCAAGGCGGCAGUGAUGCGGGAUUAUGCGAUGCGCUUGUUCGACAGCACCCAAAACAUGAUCCGAAUGCAGGAGGCGUGCAUUGAGCUGUUGCUCCAAAAUGGCAGCUCCCACAAUCAUGGAUUUCUGCUCAAUGAAUAUGAGCGGGACAACUUUAGCAAAUUGCCACGUAAAAUGCCCAUUCAGCUGGUCAGUCCGGGCUCCAUUGGUAGCGAUGAAGCCACCACAGCGACAGCUGGAACUGGACCUGCAGCUGGAGGAGCAGCCUCAACACCGCUUAAAAAUGCCGAGGCCAGUUUUGUAGUUUAUAAUUCCCUUGCCCAGAAGCGCAUUGAAAUUGUCACGCUACGGGUCCAGCAUCCAAAUGUGCGAAUCUUUAACGAUCAGGGCGUCGAAUUAAAGCACAUACAAAUCAAUCCCGUCUGGAAUAUUACAGAUGUCUAUGAGCAGGCAUACAAUGAUAUGUUAACUGCUGGAACUGCCAGCGCUGGUCGCAUUCGCACCUCCAGGCAUCAGUUUGAAGUCCUCUUUGUGGCCGAGUUGGAGCCGCUGUCGUUGACCACCUAUCGCGUUCAGGUGGAUGAGUUCAACUACAAGCGAAAUAUUGCCACCGUUUACUGCGAUGAUUGUACGGAUAAACCAAAUGCGGCUGAGGCGGGAUCAGGCACUGCCACGCCCACAAUACCCAGUGUUGUUGUCUUUGAAGCGCGCGCCAAGCCAGCAGGUGAUAUUCAAUUGGAAAAUCCCAGCAUGCGAUUGCUGUUCGAUGAGAAGACUGGUUUCCUCAAGACCAUCACCAGAAAGAACAAAAAGCAACAGUUGCUGCAGCCAAUGCAGUGUGCCAUCAAAUUUGCAGCGUAUCGGAGUGCCCAGUUCCAUUCGGGCGCCUAUCUGUUCAAAACGGAUCCCGAGCAGAGCGAGGCUGAGAAGGAUGUACUGGAGCAGUAUGAGGAUGUGCGCAUCAUAAUCACCUCGGGACCCAUUGCCAGCGAUGUCACGGUUAUCUAUGGUCCCUUCAUGGCACAUACAGUUCGCAUUUUCAAUACUCGCACCCAUCUGGAUGCAGCGAUUUACAUUGAGAAUGACAUUGACUUUGAGCCGCCACCCAAGAAUCGGGAAACGGAGCUCUUCAUGCGACUCGUGACGAACAUUGACAACAUUGCGCCAGCGCCAGUGCAACGUGAUCUCCUCAAGGAGCCCGCUGAGCCUAGUAGUAUGCCGGAGUUGCCCGUAUUCUAUAGCGAUCAGAAUGGUUUUCAGUAUCAUGAACGCAUCAAGGUGCCAGCUAUUGGGAUUGAGGGUAACUAUUUCCCCAUCACCUCGGGCGCUUUUUUACAGGACUCGCGUCAGCGACUAGCACUGCUUACCACACACGCCCAAGGCGCAGCCAGCUAUGAGCCCGGGCAGCUGGAGGUUAUGCUGGAUCGCCGCACACUAUACGAUGACUAUCGCGGCAUGGGCGAGGGCGUUGUAGACAGUCGCCUGACACGCCACAAGUUCUGGCUGCUCGUGGAGGAUAUGCCGUCAGGACAUCACAUCGAUAAGCCGCCCAGCUAUAAAGUGUUGAGCUUGCAGGCCCAACAAAUGGCCAAUGCGCUGCGCUACCCGCCGAAUCUCUACUUUUUAAGUAACUUUGAGCAACCCCAACCAACGCUUAAUCAGCUGGUGCGUCUGCUGCCACGUGGAGCGCUGCCCUGCGAUGUGCAUCUGACCACAUUACGCACACUCUCCGAUCCGCAGCUCCAAAUGUUUCCGUCCGCCUCAGCGCUGCUGGUGCUGCACCGUCAGGGCUUCGACUGCAGCGUGAGCUCACAGCAGGUGGACAUGAAUAGCGUGUGUCCGCAGAUGGGCAACGGCCUUGGUGCCGUUCGCUUUGGCGAGUUGCGGCUAAACAGCAUCGAGUCGACAAGCCUAACAGGCAUGUCGCAGCAUAAACAGACGCAUCGGUUACGUUCUCUGGCUCAGAUCACGCUAGAACCCAUGGAGCUGCGUACCUAUAAUCUCACUUUCCGUGGUGAACUGUAGAACCCGCCGGAAAGCAUAGCGUUUACGUUCUCAUUGCAUCUCAAUCGAUUCUAAAUCUUAAGUAUAUAUUUAUAUUCUUUAUUUGAUGUUUAGUUAGAAUAACGUUUAGGUUGAAUGACGGACUAGUGCAUAUUAUUUAGCUUUAUUUACACAGCUCUCUCCGUGCAUCGCAUUCUAGCUCACAUUUUGAAGUACAAAGCCCAUAGCAUAGACAUAAUAUUCUUACAGCCCACAAUUACCCGAGUAUGUGAAAAAUCUUAGACAUUUAUACUGCCCAUCAGCAUUCCGUUUACCAAAUGUCUCCCCUUUAACUCUCUCUCAAGCUAUGUAAGGUCCACACUUAGUGCAAUAUGUAUUAUAAUGAAACCCUUUAAUUUAUGUAAGCAUCAACUGAAAUACUUUAUGUUACCAAUUGAAACUUUUGAUAAGUUAAUCGAAUUUAAUAUUUAUUUUUUGUUUCUAUUUUAAAUAAAAUCUAUGCCUGUUCGACUUCGACAUUUGCUCAAUAUAUAAAAGCUUAAAAAUCAUUGCAAUUAGACUUGAUUUUGAUAUAAAUACAAAUAUAGCAGCAAAUAUUUAGCCAGCAAAUUAGACUAUUUUUUUUUUGUUUUUAGAAAAAAUUGUUAUUUUGUUGCCUUCUAUUUAAUUUAUUUAGACUGAUUAGCUUAAAAUAUUUGCGAAAUUAGUGCAUGCUUGUUUAGCAAAUUUGAUGACAUAACCAUCAUCAUAAUAACAAUUAAUAUCUCAAUUUAAAAUCAUAGAAUACAUAAAUCUCGGACUUAAUUUAAGAUUUUAAACCGACGAUGGAUAGCAAAAAGUUAAGCCAAAUAUUGAAAUAAAUUUAUACUUGCAAAUACAUAUACAUAAAUUUACACAUAUAUGAAUAUCUUUAGGCGCUUCUUUGCUCGUUUUGUAAAUAGAUUUAAAAGGCACGGUAAAAGAUAGCUCUAAAUCAAUUUAAACUAAUCCAUGUAGGCUAAGCCACGAGUAGUGAGUGUAGUGCUGAACUUGAACUGUAAUCGAAAACGAACCAUAAACAAAAGAUACAUAUAUAGUUACUAUUAAGAAAUCUAAAGGCUCACAUGUACCGAAAAUGAGAAGCAUUCAAUCCAAGCGAAUACAAAAAAAAAAAAACAAAAUAUGGGAUACACGAAAUCUUACAAAAAAGAAAGACAUUUAAUGAUUUGAUUUUAAACUAAGUAUGACUAUGUAUUUAUAUUUGAUAAUACGGAUAUAUGAAAAAUUAGCGAAAUACAUUCUCUGUAAUUUUAUGAAUACAAAUGAAUAAAGUAUUAAUUGAAACCAA